AUGGCGUGAAAAAUACAACCGAAAUGUAUCAGAAUUUGGCCUCACUUUGUCAAGGAUCCAAGGAGACCCCCAAGUAUUCCUAAUCCGUGCCCUUGACCUACGUCAAAAGAUCCUGUUUGCAAGUGAUGAGGAUACAAGUGUUCUAAAGUAUGAUAAGGAACACAUCCAGAAAUUGUUCUUGCGAACAGUGGAAACAGGGCCGCAAGAUGAGAGCAUUCGUGCAAAACUCCGACCAUAUCUAAAGGACAUAAAUGUUUUGGAUGAAGAUUUCAUCCAGCAACUAAAUGCUGCAGUUUCAUCAGAAAGUGAGAGGUGUAGGAAGCUAAAGUCACAACCCAAGGCAAGUCUAAAGGUCAAUGGCCAGACCUCACUAGUGAGUGCUACUAGUGACACGGCAAAAACUUUGUCAGACACCGUGAUGGCAGCAAUUAAAUAA